AUGUCCGUGUUCCCCUGGUUAUGGGAGACGCUGCACCCCCUCAUCAGUGACUUUCUCGUCUCCACUCUCCGACUCCGCCCGCAGCAGCAGCUGCCCGGUGUGCGUGAAUCGUCGCCAGAGCCAUGCUGUUGCAUUGUUACCCCGCUGCCUCGCGAGCCAGAAGCAGUCAGAGUCGGAACAGUGAGGCUCACCGCCGACACACCGUCGGUUCACGCUUUGUCGGCUUCCGCAUCUUCGCCACCCCCUGACUGCACUACGCGGCGCACGGAGAUGCCAGAGGCUAUUGACUUUGGUGAGGAAGAGCGGCAGCAGGUGUUACGGGCGUAUCGCGAGGAGGAGCUCCGUUGGAAGCCCUGGCUCAUCUCCGAGGAGGAGCUCUUGCCUGCCGUCCCGCCUCAGACUGGCCGUCCACCCUCGCCGCCUCGAUCGGACUACUUGUCUCCUGCUUCCUAUCUGGCACGGAUGUGGUCGGAGGACGAGGAGCCGGUUGCCAUGGAGAAUCAAGUUUUGUCCAUGGCUGCUCCAAAGAGGAGCUACGGCCUGUCUUGCCCUCCACUGAGCAACACGAGGAUGCUGUGGGGGUACACGCCUGGCCCUUGGGGGCCCCCGGAGUUGCCAGGAUCUCCCGCCUACCGCCCCGCCAACACUCGCCUCCUCAGCCUCUGCGACGCUGCAGGAGGCCCCACCGUCCACUUCAAUGGGGUCCACAGCCAAGAAAAAGCGGCGUUCGCGUCGCCGUCACACCGCCCAACACUCGGAGUUCAAACAAAGUCUGAGCUGCCUAUCGCAAAUGUCUUCCCUCCUGAGUCGGCCCUGCUCCUCCACCAGUCACUUAAUGAAGGCAGACAGUUCAGAAAUUGUCAGCUUGUUCAGUCUACUCCAAAAGGCAGUGAAGAAUUUGUCCAUCUGCAAGCUGGUUUGGGACGUAGGUCUACACUGAUACCUGACAGCUACAGUCAUGAUGAGGUAUGUGCAAGACUCAAAGAUCUGUAUCCAAAACUGGAAAGUGUUUCUGGGGGCUGGCUGAUUUACAAAGGAGCAGGUGGAUGGGGUUCUCGGAAACUAAAUAUGGUGCCUCCUGAGGACAGUGGAUAUACUGGGUCACUGCUAAAAAAUGCAAGUGCUGGGGGAAAGACCAUCCUUUACAUUGCUCCAAUCCAGGAAGAGCUAGACACUCAGCCGCUGCCUCCUGACUCUAGCUCCUUCUCCAAUAUGCCAAAAGCGAUCCUAGAUGAAAUCCUGCAGGCCAUAAGUACUGCUGUGAAUACAGAGGAAGAAUUCCGUAUCACUGUCUCAAGAUCCAAUAUGGUGGAGCGGGGACUUGCACAGUGGAAGAGGCAAAAAAAGGCAUUGCCUACAAAUCAGCUGAGGGUCACAUUCAUCGGAGAAGCAGGAAUUGAUACAGGGGCAUUACGGAAAGAAUUCCUCACAGAAAUGGUUGCAGGCUUGGAGCAACGGCUAUUUGAGGGUGACCAGACUGGGAAGGCUCCCAAAUAUUCAUUGCUGGAUCUCGAUCUAGGAAACUUC